UUUUUUUUUUUUUUUUUUUUUUUUUUUUAAAUAACAGCCCUUGGCCGGAUAAAAUCCGGGUCAAUUCCGGUAUCGCAGAACCGGCUGUUGUGGGAAUUGAUUCGUACACUGCCCAUACCUACAUAUGGGACUAAUCAAAUCUUACACUGCAAUUUAAUUGCUAAAUAAAUGUGUGUAAACUUGUCGCUGCGCUUUGCCACCAAUUGAUUGUUGCAUCAGUUACGAGCAAUAAAUUUGUUAGCUUUGUCCAAAUGCUUAUCAUUAAGUUUGCCAUAAAGUUUUUAGUACCUCGGGGGAAACGUCGCAGACCCUCCAAAGUACAAAUUUAAAUCAUUUGCUGAGUCGAUUUAGCCAUGUCCGUCUCUCUGUAAACAUAUCUACUAUCCAAAAUAGUUUCUCAGUUUUUGAGCCUUCAGUUCAGCCGAAUUUAACGUUGUUUUUUUAGUUAACAGGAGGUGGUGCUGCGUUUUGGCACUUUUUUCGUGCUUUUGUACUUAUCGCUUUGUCAAUCAAUGUUCAAACUUUAUUUGCAAAUACAUAUGUAUGUAUGUAGGUAUAUAAAUAUAUAUGUAUUCGUUUUGCUUGCAUUCAGACUGGAAAUUAAGCAAAAUAUUUUUUGUUUUUCGGCACAAUCUUAUCGUUUAUCGCUAAUAAAUAUUUUGCUUUUCUUUUGCCCCGCCUGCAUAAAGCACUUGCUAUGUUGUAUCAUCGAACAUUUCUUGCACAAAAUAAAAUGAAAUUGCCAUUUACAUAAUUAAACAGCCAUCGAAUUCUACUUUGAACUUGCUGAUGAUAAUUAACCAAGAAUAAUGCAAAGAUAAUUAGAACAAAGUUUAUCUACAUUUAUGUGCAUUUUUGAUAAGAAAUUAAACAUAAGCCAUCAAUGGGUACGUUUUUAAAAUCUGUAUAUAUCACAGGCUUGAAUUUAACCCCUUAGCCACUCGCAUAUCAUAAAAAAUGCGUUUUUUUGUGAAUUUUUUUCUGAAGAUUAGUAUUAAUUAAUCUGUGAUUCUUUUUGAGAAAUUUUGGAUUCCCUCGAUCUCGUAGCCGGUCUCCAGGAGGACCUCCGAAACAAGUGGCUGACGGUGAGGAAGAUUUCUUUACUUAAAAUUAUCUCAAAUUUAAAAACCAAAAAAAUGUUGCCGCUUCCGAGAGGCUUAUAAAAUCGAAAUUAUUAUCAAACGUUCUAUUCCUUCGAUCAUUACCUGACAGAUAUAUCUUAAGAGAUCGUGCGUGAUUUCAAUUAAAUCGGUUCAUUUCAAGUUAACUAAUUCUUACAAAUACGCUCAUAUCUCUACAACAAUUUGUAGAAUCAAUUUCAAAUUUUCGGAAAAUAUGUAUAAGCAAAAAAAAAAGAAUCGAUUUCUUGAAGUUCGCAAAGGGAUAUUAAAUAAUUAAUGUAACAAGAAUAAUUAUAAGGCACUUACGACAAAUAUAUUGCUGAUAUAAAUAAAUUGGGUGUAUAACAUAAUGCCGACAAUCAAGACAGAAAAAACUUUAAAAUAACGGGUUGUUCAGAGUUUUAUCGCGUCCAACCACUUCCUGCAUUGUUUUUGUUAACUACGAUUUUCUUUAUCUUUUUUGAAUAUAUUAACACUCAAAAAAGCCCAUCUACGGCCUUACAACUUGAUUUUGCAAAUUUUUUUUCAAAAAUAUUUUAUCUCUUCUGCAUUUUAUAUUUUAAUUUUGUCAGCAUUUUGAACUUCGUAAUUUUAAGUGUUACCCACUGCCACCUGCACUGCUUUGUUAGCAAUUUUUGUGGAAAUAUAUUCCAUAUAUGAAAGAAAACGCAUAGAUUUAAUAUAACAAAAUAAAGAUUAUUUAAACUACUCGCGUAUGCCCAAAACAUAUUAUUCAAUAAACAGCGAUAUCCAUUAACAAUCAAAUUUGCAUUAAAACCAAAUUUUCAGAAACAAUACAGAACAGUGCACAAAUCAGAAAUUAACUCUAAUCCAACAACACUAACAACAGCAAGUGCAAUUUAAAUUAAGCAAACAAUAUGCUAAGCUAUAAAAUCAAGUCAAGCCUCUCUCAACCUUCAACGUGACUCAGCCGUUUGCGUUGUUUGGAGAGGAGAGGCGUCUAUUUGUGUUCGGCUUUUGCUUUUUUCACAUAAUCAGCUGUUAUGUCCAUUAUUUAUAUAUGCUACGACGCAAACCUCUGUGUCUCUGAAGCUGCCAUCAAAGCUUUUAUUUUAUUUUCUUUGAUUUGCUUUUGGGUUUUCGCUUUGUUGUACUUUGUAUAGAAUUUUAUGGCAAGCAAAAAAAUAGCAGAUAGAAUAGAAAUUGCAAUGUCGCGUGAUUUUUCCCGAAAUAGACUAAAAUACAAUGUAUAUAUAUGUACGCAUAUGUGUAUGUAUGUAUGUAGGUUUGUAACUGAAUAAAGCUUAGAAGACAGAGAGUGAACAUUGAUUGCCAACCAAGUACGCUGGAUAUCCGCUACUACAACAACAGCAUACUGUAGUAAAAAAAUUAACCGAUUAAAAUCAAGUUUCUGAUCGAAAACUUUUUUGUUUGUUUAGGGUAUAAUAGCUUCGGUGCAAACUUCUUUCUGGUAUGGAAAACUUUGUCAUUUGACGAGGUAUCUUGCCGAAAUUUGGCACAGAUUAUUAUCUAAGACAAAAAUGCAAUGUUCGAAGAAACUGUUCAGAUCGAAUCACUAUAGCAUGAAGUUAACGUUUUUUCAUGUGUUUUUUUGUUUGUUGUUUAUACGUUUUUAGUCGGUGUCACCCAUUCUAGUGCAAUGUAGUAAACUAUAAUUUUAUAACUGUUUCUGUUACGGUUUCUGUUUUGGUGCAAAGUGGCUUUUGAAGCCAAGAGCAACGUUCUUUUGUUUUCAUACUAGAAAACGCAGUUUUAAUUUCUUUUAUUCAAAAGCAGUAUGUUGGGGAUUACUAUGUAGUUUUGAUGAUUUUGCACAUUAUUAGAUUCAAUUUGAUUUCUACUUUGAUACUCGUAGACUUUUGUAGAUUAAGUAUAUUGGGUAAUAUUUAAUAUAAAAUCGGAUAUGUUCAACGAAAAACUAAAUAAUAAAAAAUAUGAGCCCAUUCUCGCUGCCACAAGGCCGCAAAAUCGAAAGUGAUACUGAUAUGUAUGAGGCCAAGGAGUAAUACGUCCAAAAAUGUGUUUUGGAAAUGUUUUAUGCAGCAACAACAAAAAAUUUCAGUUAAGAACACCCUACACCGAUUUCCUUUUACUCUUUUCAAAUAUAAGAAGAUGCAAAACAGCUCAAACGCCGGAAGAGAAGGGAAAGGUGGAGGAAUUGAAUAAAAACACAUUGAAGCGCAAAGCGCAGAUACACGAAAUCGAACAGUCAUUACCCACCAAAUCGGGAUUAUAUCUCAAGAUCAUUCUCGGUGAUGUCAACGUAUCAAUUCUGAACAGAAACGACAAAGUUCGCUAUAAAGAUGAUUAUGAAAAGUUUAAGUUAAUACUCAACGUAAUUGGACUGUUAAUGGCAUUUCUCAAUUUGAUAUUCAACUACAGGGCCCUGGAGCUGGCUUACAUUUUCCUGCUAGUCUGGUAUUACUGCACCCUCACCAUACGGGAAUCGAUACUCAAAGUGAAUGGAUCGCGCAUAAAGGGCUGGUGGCGUGCGCAUCAUUUCAUCUCAACCGCAGCUGCAGGUGUAUUGCUCGUGUGGCCGCAGGGCGAGCACUGGCAGUUGUUCCGCACACAAUUUAUGUACUUCAAUGUCUAUAUCAACAUUGUGCAGUAUCUGCAAUUUGGCUACCAAAAGGGUUUGCUUUAUCGACUGAAGGCGCUCGGCGAACGUCACAACAUGGAUAUCACCAUUGAGGGUUUCCACUCGUGGAUGUGGCGUGGCCUGAGCUUCUUGCUACCAUUCCUAUUCGGCGGCUAUACAUUCCAAGCAUACAAUGCAUGGACGUUGUACAAGUUGACAACGUAUCCACCGGGAGCACCGUGGCAUGUGUCGGUGAUGUGCGGCUUCUUCCUCCUGCUAUUCAGCGGCAACAUUAUCACCACACUGUUGGUGGUGCCCGAGAAGAUACGCGAACGUGCCAAGGAACGCUAUCGCCUGCAGUCCAUGGGCACAUCGAUGAAAUUGCGCAAAAUGAUGAGGAAUAGCAUCAGUGAAACGGACAUUUCCAGCCAGCAAUUGCUAGCCAAUAAUAAACUAGAAAACUCUACCUCCUUUCAAAACAUAGGCGAUGCAGCAGGACAAACAACAACAACAGCAACAAUAGAUUCAACAACAAAAACGUCAUCAAUUAGCACCGGUAAUGCAAUCACACCAGCAGAUGGUGAUGUCAAGCAAAACCAGCACAAAGCACAACAACAACCACAACAAGAACAAGAGCAGGAUGUGGAAUGGACGAAACCAGAGGAUAAGAAGACCAAUUAAAAAAUGUGGCAGCUCCACCGGCCAGAGCUGCGGUGCAGUGUGUUGCAGAGUGUGCUUGGUUUUUUCAAUUAAGUGAAACCUGAUAUUUUCAAGGUUUGAUUAGUACACAAAACGUAGAAAAAAAUUUUGUAACUAAAGAAUGGAAAAAGAUUGAAGGAAAGUACAUACAUACGUGCAUAUGUAUGUAAGUGUAGUGAAGUAAAAACAAAACGAAAAAAAGUUUAACAUUUUCAUAAAAUAUAUCAAAAUGAAUUUAAUUACUUGUGUGUGUGUGUAAUUAUAAUUUACUGGGAAAUGCUCACAUAAAAGCCAACAACAACAAUUUUUAAUUAGGGCAAAAUGUGGCAACUUUGAAAGCGGCAGAAGUGUUGCAUAUUUAAAAUACGUAGAAUAUCCCUUAUACUUUUAUAUUAAAAAAAAUUUUAAUUUAUUAUUAGUACUAAAAAUAGCGAAAAAAUAUCAAAAAUAUAGAAAAUGUAAUGAAUUGUAUUUUUAAGCAACUCUCUUUAUUUAUUGCAAUUUUUAAAUAAAUGUGUGAUUGUGCUUUUUUAACACAAAGCAUACUACUAUAA